AUGGACGCCAUCCUAGAGCCGCGCGGGGCGGCCGUGCUCACCGAAAAGCAACUACGGGACCUCACCAUCGUGAUGCGCGUCGCUUCGACCCUGUCGGGCCUCGGCGUCAUCGCCAUCAUCACCGUCUUCUGCCUCUCCCGACACUUCCGCAACCCGAUGCAUCGCCUCAUCUUUAUCAACGCCUUCUUCAACGCCUUUGAUGUGACUUGCACCAUGAUUGCCACGAGCGGGCCAAAGGGUGGGAACCCAUCCGCGCUCUGCCAGUUCCAGGGAUUUCUGAAUCAAAUGUUCCCCGUCGCUGACGUGCUCUGGACAUUGGUCAUGGCCAUCAACGUCUACCUCAUCGUCUUCCGCCGAUACGACGCCGAAUCACUACGCAAACUUGAAUGGAAAUACUUUGCAGGAAUUGUUGUGUUCACUUUCAUCCCUGCCCUCGUGUUCCUCUUCAUCAAUACCGAAGAAAAGGGGCCCAUGUACGGAAGCGUAACGCUCUGGUGUGCCAUCGCGCCAAAGUGGGUGUUGUUCCGCAUCGUCGUAUACUACGGAACGAUCUGGUCAUCCAUUCUCGUCAUCAUCACGCUGUAUGCCCUCGUAGGCAUAGAAAUCGCCAGACGUCGACUCGCCCUACGCUCCGUCUCCAGCGACACCGUCGCCCUCGACGAUACUGUCUCCCCAAAGCAAGACCCUACAUGGGAAGACUCGAGCGUCGGAGUCGCCGUCACCGUCGAUGUCGACGUCGACUACCAGCACCAGAGCACGUACCGGCCUUAUACCGGCCAAUCCUCCUUUGACGGGUCGCUGCAGCCGACCUCGGUGUGCUCCAUCACCACGUCCCGCCACGCCAUUACCCCAACCUCCAAGCCGCCCCGCCCUGCCCUCUCCUUCCGCCAAUACGUCUUGAUGCCGCUCUUCUUCUUCCUCGCUCUCCUUUCCGUCUGGGUCGCCCCGUCGACCAAUCGUGUAGCCUCCUUUAUCGAUCCCACCUUCUUCUCGUACCCCCUGAUGGUAGCUGUCGGUAUCUCUGGCUCCUUGAGGGGGUUUUGGAAUGGCUUGGUCUUCAUCACCAUCGGGAUGAAGUCGUGGAAGAGAAGGAAGGAGGCUGAUGAGUGCGAGCUGCGAAAGAGGUAA